UCAGCUGGAAUUCUGGUGAUUUCUAGGGGUUAGUGUACUUUUUUCCCCAUAAAAUCUUUUUUUGUCAAGCUACACAAAUAUAAAAAAUACCUUUUAAAAGAUGAUAAAAUUAUCUUUCUAACAGUAUAAAACAUUCAUAAAUCUGAUUUAAAGUCAUACCAGAUGCCCCAGUAAUUAGUUAAUCUGGCCACUGUUUAUUAACAGUAUGUGGUUUAUUGCUUUAUUACUCGCCGCGGGCAACAUGUACUUCUUUCAAAUACAAAAGCGGGUCGCGUGGUGCUCAUUAAUAUUCAUAUGAUAUGUACCAGAAGACAGCCGAUUGGACGACCUUCACGUAGGUGUCUCUUAAAUUUGCAUACGACCCCCCAAACCGGAGAAAUAGUUCGGUAAAGUUGACGUGAAAAAUACGCUAAAAUAUACCAUAUUUGUUACAUUAACAUUUAUUUUUAAUAAAUAUAAACCCUAACAAUUAAUUUGAUACCAGAAUCAAGUUUCGGAACCUACUACAAGUAUGCCGCAUUUUCAUUUGAAAUUCAUACUCCCCGCUUCCAAUUUUUUCACUCGGCGGUCUGCCAUGUUGGAAAAUUGAUCAAUUAGGUCAAUGCGGUAAAUCGAUUGAUUCGGCUCGAAAAUCAUGUAAAAAGACCCAUUUCCACCGGUAUUUAUUUGAAUUACAUCUGGAGUCAUGACCGGUCUUGGGCCAUUUUGCCAGUCCGCUGGAAUAUCUGAAACAUCUUUAGAGAAAGGUGAAGCACCACCUUUAGGGUUAGUAACAAAUGGAUUAGUGUUGGAACUUGAAAAAUUUGCUAACGAGAGGGACUGGACUCUUCAGAAAUUACUGGAACUGUUGUCGCAAAUUGACAAAAAUUUUGCAUCAGUGGUAAAUCUGUCGGCAUUGACAAGUAAACUCAGUACUGUUAAAGAUCAGAAGAAAAAACUAACUUCAAAAAAGAAAGUGAAAGGUGUGAAAAAUGUGAAAGAGCUGCUAGCAAAGCAAUUUUGUGCACCAGUCCAAAGAACCAACAAAGAAAUAUGUGGUAUUCCAGAACAAACUGAGCAAGAAAAUGAAACUGAAAUAUGUCAGGAAGAAAUUCAGCCGACCCUUGUUGUAAAAACUGUCCAAAGUCCCCUUUCAAAACUUUCAAAAGAAGUUCAGACAGAAAAUGAGACUGAUGUUAAAGAAGUUAAUCUGCUGACAUACAAAAUUAGAGUACAAGAGCGUAAACUUGUCCAACUUUCAAAUAAAGUGUCAGAAAAGAAAUCUGAAUUAGAAAAUGUUACCAGUGCUAAGGGACACUAUUCUGUGAAAAACGUGAAUAAACGUGAUGAAACGGCAAGGAAGAAUUUACACGCACUAAGAGACGCACAGAGAAAGACAAUUAAACAAGAUAAGAUUAUCAAAAAACAAGAGCAUUAUAAAUUAGAUUUCAUCAACUUUCAACAAGAAUAUGCGGAUCUGAAAGAAAAAGUAGAAACUUUGACUGAAAAAUGCGAGGCAGAGAAGAAAAAGAAAGUUGCACUUCAAAAAACAAACAGUUAUUUACGAGGUGAAGUGAACCAGUUACGCACACAGGCUCUGGAUAGUUGCGAGUGCAGCAGUAUAUUUGAGGAAGAAAUCGAACAGAAUAAAAAGAUCAAACUUCAGCUUGCUGAAAAAGAAGGCACUAUUAUUGAACUUGAGGAGGAAAUUAAUGAAUUACAAAAUUUGAAAAUUCAGACCAAAAAUGAACACGGUUACUUAGAAAAUAUUCGUUUAUGCAUUAUGCAGUUGGCAGGUCUUGAAGUUGCAGUGGAAAAAAUGACGUCAAUUAUUCAGGUUGUUUCAAAGCACAUAUUUGGAAAAGAAUUUACAAAGCAGGAAUUACCAAACGCUACAACAUCACAAACCAUAGUCGAUGAGGGACAUUAUUUAGCGAAGGCUUACAUAGCUGAUAAACUGGAACAGACUACAAACUGGGGACUUGGUCGUGAUGGAACAACAAGAAGAAAAGAAAAAAUUGUUGAUACAGCAAUAACACUUGCCUCCGGUGACAACAUCAGUUUGGGAUUCACUCGUGUAGCGCGAGAAACAGCCGACACCAUUCAAAAGGUCACAGAACAACAUCUAAAUGAAUUGUGCGCAACUAAGCAAAACCCAGAUUAUCUAGUCGAGACUAUUCAAAAACUUGCAUUUACUAUGAGUGAUAGGGCGUCCAAUGAAAAACGUGCAGAUCAGUUACUGGAUGAAUGGCGAGAUACAAUGUUGAGAGAUUACGGGGGAAAUGAAAAUGAUGUUCACCACUUCCAUUGCAUGGCACACGUUCUGCUGGGGUUUCAUAGUUAUAUAACACCAGAUAUAAAAGAUUUUGAACAAACUCUGCAAGAGGAAAGUGGUCCAAUUGGAAGAGAUUCAUUGUCCUACUUCAAUUCAUGGAGCAAGAAGGAGAGCGUUGUGAAUCGUGUUGUCCGCACAACAUCUGACACAUUCGGGCCAGCAGGUGACCAUCUUGGUGUCCGUGACCGAUGGGAUGCAUUUUGUUGUGAAAAUGGCAUAAAGUCCCACAUUGGAAAUUACCGUGAUAACAGAUUUAAUGCUUUAUUCCAGACCUCUGCUGAAGUGUUCUUACAUAGAAAAGACUUCAUACAAGUACUUGCAACUGUGUCCAAACCAAACCUGAAACUGAAAGCAGUCAAAUCUGACCUAGAAUCAAAGGAGGUCUGUGCACUUCUCCAGUGUUUAGGACUGUUCUACCUAAAACUGACUGGCCCUUACUGGAAUCUAGUGACUUGUGGAAAAGUGUCUUACUUUGAAUUAUGGACCCAUAUAGAAGAAAUUGACCAAUUCUUGUCCACUUGUGAAAAAUCACCAGAGCACCUCCUGUUGAAAGAUACACACUGGUCUUCAUCUGACCCACUGGACAUUAGUCGCGUACCAUUCUAUGACCAGCUGGCAGAACAAGUUUUUAUUCUAGAUGAUGAAACACGAGACAUACUUUUCAACGUCAUACCAGUGGUUGCUCGCGCAAUGUUGAAAUGUGUUCACAAACAGCUACACGAUUUCUUCCCUGGUGGGAAAUUCCAUGACAUAUCCCCAAACAUAACAAAAGAAUCAGACUUUGCCCCAGUAACAAAUCUGUCCUGUGAACACCAUUUUGGAGACCUGGACUCUAGCCAGAGAAGACGGCCACAUGCUUCUUAUCACCACCAUUCCACUGUUCAACUGCUAAAAAGAAAUGGUGCGAACAUAAUGAGGUGGAUUUGUGAUAUGGACAGUUCGCAAAAAACAGACCUUCUGACAUCAGCGCGUAAAGGGGGGAAGAUGUUAAGAAAGAAACAUCGUGAACAUGAAAAAAAUGUGCUCACUGAAAUACAUGGAAAUAUGACUCAAGAAAGCAAAGGAAAGAAACGCAAAGCCAACACAGAUGGUAGAAAUGAUAACAAAAAGCAAAAAAAUGAUUUUGAGGUAGUUGAACAGUUGUGUGUCAAUGAGUAUGUUGCUAUAGCCUAUCAGGACAAUUGGUAUCCUGGUGUAGUAGAAAAAGUUGUUGAUGACACUACAAUAGUUGUAAAGUUCAUGGCACCUUGCAGAAAAAAUGGGUACUAUCAAUGGCCAUCCAGGGAUGACCGACAAGUUGUGAAUAAACAGUUUGUGUUGUGCACAAAAUUCAUUCCAGACUGUAUCAGUUCAGGCCGCCAGUGGUAUGUCAAGGAGCAUAAUGAUAUUACUAAUGUGUACAGCAAAUUUCAUACCAUGUUUUUUUAAUUUACUAGUCUGUGAUAUCAUGUUUUAUUGUAAGAUUACAUGUUGGUAUUCAUACUACACCAUUUAUUCUUUAUGUGUACCAGUUUCAAGAUUAUUGUUAAUGUUACUGUACAAGUCUUGAAUGUCUUGAUUUUAUUUCAUAUCGAAAUGUCAUCAUUGUUUCAUAUUGAAAUGUCACACGUUAUCAUGUUUAUUUCAUAUUGAAAUAUUUUUCUUUUAAUAUUAAAAUAAUACAUUUAAUUUCUUCAUUAAAAUGAUAGAUUUAAUUGAAAUAUGCUUUGUUUUACAUUCCUAGUCCUAUACAUGAUGUCUUGUAUGUCUGGUGAAAAAACAGUGAGAAUAUGGUAACAUAUUUGGACUUGGAGUCAAGAUAAAACAAGAAAAUAAGAAAAAAAUCCUAACCAUGUCUUAUUUAAAGUAAAAUAUCAAGGCAACUAUACACCCUAUGCCAA